AACAAUGAACUCUAUUUAAACGACACCAAUUUGAAAAAACCCCAACCCGCCAUUUCCCCAAAACAUGUCCAGCGCCAGAGUCGAUCACCAGAUUUCCCUCUUUCGAUCCCAAGUCGAACUCCGAAGAUUCGACGACGGGACUCUACGAAUCCUCGAAUCGCUUCUGGUUUCCAAAGACGUGAAAUCGUUGCUCGAAGUCCGCUCGAGCUUGAGCGACUUCAUUAGACGCGAAUCUCUCUCCGUGAUUCGCGAAAUCGCAGAUAAAUCCGUUGAGCAUAAGCUUUCCGUUGUUGAAUUUUUCGUUCGAGCAUUUGCCCUUGCUGGCGAUAUUGAGAGUUGCUUGGCUUUGAGAUACGAAGCUUUGGCUCUGCGGGAAUUAAGGUCUCCUAGUAAUCAAUGGCUACGAGUUUCAUACGAAGAAUGGAUGACAUUUGCUGAGCAUUCGUUAGAUAAUGGGUUCUACUCCAUUGCUACAAAGGCAUGUGAAAGUGCACUUUCAUGCUUUGAGAUGAAUGGCGUGAAUGAUCCUCAACAUGAUGACUUCUUUAGAAACAUUGAAGUUACUGGAAAAAUUAAGAGACUCAAGGAUGCUGCUGUUGCCUCUUUGGCUUCACGAUCUGUCCGAGCACAGGCAGCAGAUUACUUGAAAAAGAAAUUAGUAGAGAUGAACCCAUCACCGUCUUUGGCUCUAAAAGAAAAACAAUUUUCAGCAAGUACUCUGUUUAGAGAUGGAAUUAAGAAGCAUAAUGCACGAAAGCUGCUGGAUCACCGAAGAAUCAAUCACAUAACCAGUGAACCAGAUUCCAACCUAUAAUGAGGUCCUUCCCUCUUCUCCCUCUGCUCUUGCCAUGUACUUUUUAAGGAUUGCAUGACUUGCCAUUUAUUAUGACAGCGUCCUGUGCGAAGUGUUGCUCUGGGUUUGUUGGUACCCCUGUGGCAUUGUAAAGAGUUUCAUUUGGUGUUGGAAUCUGGCAGAAGAUUCUCAUGACAGUGAAAAUUAACUCAGUUUCAUUUAAGAGCCAGUUCUGUUGAAUAUGCAAGCUUAUGACUACCAAACAUGGUACUGAGUCUGACACUGAAUAAUGGGUUUCGGUUGGGCGACAAAAGGGUCCCAGGGGGGUUGUGGCCUUUUCUGCUGCUUGAUAUGAACUAUAACUUUCAACACUGGAAGCUAUACACGUACGUACGAGUCUUAGGGAAUCUGUAAUUAAUUCCAUGUUUAAAUAGUGUAUGUCUGCAGCAACAAUUUAGCAUGGGCCCUGUCUGUGCAAUCACGUGCCUAUCGCUUGUGCUCCUUAGCCUACCACCUCCCCCAAAUUUCUUCUCCCAGAAAUGGAAGAAAAGAAGACUGGCCUUGGAAAUCCCAAGCCACACACUUCGAGCAAUUGGAAUGGAGGUUAGUUGUCCCUUCAAACCCACCUUACCAUAGAGCUUCAUUUGUCAUCAUCUAUAAUUGUUUCCUAUGUUACACGGACUCGGACACGGGGUGUUAGGUGCGGGUAGCCAUAUUCAUAUCG